AUGCUACACCUCCAGAAACAUCUCAGCAUCUCCUUCCGUCAACAGUGGCUCUUCUCCGUCACCCGAUUUGCGACCGCCGGGUCCACCACAGCCUCCCCUGACCCCUCCUCGUUCGCCGUCGAGGACUACCUCGUUGCCUCCUGCCACCUCACCAGGGGCAAGGCCCUCAAGGCCUCCAAAGCGCUCACCAAUCUCAAGUCCCCUUCCAAGCUCGACGCCGUGCUCACCUUCCUCUCCGGCGUCGGCCUCUCGCCCGCUGAUAUCACCACCGUCGUCGUCCGCCACCCGAGGCUCCUCUGCUGCAAGGUCGACAAUACCCUCACCCCGCGCCUUGCCGAGCUCCGUGAUUUGGACCUCUCCCCCACCCAAAUCUGCCGCCUCGUGCUGCUGAACCCCGCCGGCUUCCGCCACUCCGCCAUCGUCUCGAAGCUCAAGUAUUAUGCCUUGCUCUUUGGCUCCUUCGACAAGGUCCUUUAUGCGCUCAAGAGAAGCUCCUUCUUCCUUAACUGUGAUAUAGAGAGGGUUGUCAAGCCCAAUGUCUCACUGCUGCGUGAGUGGGGGCUAGGUGAACUUGGCAUCUCCAAGAUAUGCCGCAAUGUGCCGAGGCUGCUCUCCGCCAAACUAGAACGCGUCCAGGCGAUGGUGGUGCGCGCUGAAGGCAUCGGUGUACCACGCGGCACUCCAAUGCACUUCAUGUGGAGAAGUUCAUAUGUCCUUACAAGGAAGCUGCGCCGCACCUCGCUGAAGACUAUGCUGCUGCUUGCAGAGGGGAAGUGCUCGAUAGAUUCAGAUUGCAGGAACCGGGAACUGGAUUGGAAAGUGUGUAACUGUGUAUUGCACUGCCAAGCUUGA